UGGUUAACUCGGAAGCUGCUGCAGGAGAUGAGCAUGAAGAAGCAAAAUGAACGACAGUGACCUCAGCCGAACGUCCUAGCAGUUGCUGCAUUGUUCCACUAUCCACUUCGACGCAAGGGCCAUCAUUAUUUUCUGUCGCAAUAGAUAUUUACCAAAUAGCCUGACAUCGGUCCUUUUGAAGAAACAUCGCGGAGGAAAGCGGAUUAAUUGUCUGAAACUGCCCGCUAGUGCUUUCCCUGCGCCCCAAAAAAUGGAUAACGUUAAUGGCAAAGCAUCGGAUCAGAAAAGAACAGGCGUUUGCCAAGAUAAUGGUUUGACAAAUGGAUUCCAUCCUACACAAACUGGCAACGGGAGCUGCAGUGCCUUAGGUUCAAAUGGAACCAGUACCAGUGGCGGCUGUUAUAGUAGUAGUAGUAGUAGUAGUAGUAGUAGUAGUAGUAGUAGUAGUAGUAGUAGUGGCCAUAAUGGAAUUGAACAUUUCCACGAUCUUCAGGUCCAGGAAGACGUCCAUAGUAAUGGGUCGCCUCCAAAGCGGUGUAGACUCAGAAGAAGAAUGGAUUCUGGCAAGAAGAGUAGACCGCCCUUCCCCUGGUUUGGGAUGGACAUCGGCGGCACCCUGGUGAAGCUGGUCUACUUCGAGCCCAAGGACUUCACGGCAGAGGAGGAGGAGGUGGAGAGCCUGAAGAGCAUCCGCCACUUCCUGACCUCCAAUGUGGCCUACGGCAACACAGGCAUCCGCGACGUCCACCUGGAGCUCAAGAACCUAACCAUGUGCGGCCGGAAGGGAAACCUGCACUUCAUCCGCUUCCCCACCCAGGACAUGCUAGGCUUCAUCCAGAUGGGCCGAGAUAAGAACUUCUCCAGCCUGCACACCACACUCUGCGCCACUGGCGGAGGGGCCUACAAGUUUGAGGACGACUUUAGGACGAUCGCCAACCUAAAGCUCCAGAAGCUGGAUGAACUGGACUGUCUCAUCCAGGGUCUUCUCUAUGUGGACUCUGUGGGGUUCAAUGGCCAUCCAGAGUGCUACUUUUUCGAGAACCCCUCCGACCCCGAGAGUGAGAACUGUGUCAAGAAAACGUGUUGCCUUGACAACCCCUUCCCCAUGUUGUUGGUAAACAUUGGCUCAGGCGUCAGCAUGCUGGCAGUCUAUUCGAAGGACAACUACAAACGGGUCACAGGCACCAGUUUGGGAGGUGGGACGUUCCUAGGCCUAUGCUGCUUGCUGACUGGCUGCGAGACUUUUGAGGAGGCCCUGGAAAUGGCGGCGAAGGGGGACAGCAGCAACGUGGACAAACUGGUGAAGGACAUCUACGGAGGAGACUAUGAACGCUUCGGUCUCCAGGGGUCUACUGUUGCAUCUAGUUUUGGUCAUAUGAUGAGCAAGGAGAAGCGUGACAGCAUCAGUAAGGAGGACCUAGCCCGAGCCACUCUCGUCACCAUCACCAACAACAUUGGCUCUAUUGCUCGUAUGUGUGCGGUUAAUGAGAAAAUUGAAAGAGUGGUGUUUGUUGGGAAUUUCCUGAGAAUCAAUACUGUCUCAACGAAGCUGCUUGCUUAUGCCAUGGAUUUUUGGUCCAAAGGACAAUUAAAAGCUCUCUUCUUAGAGCAUGAGGGUUAUUUCGGGGCUGUCGGUGCCUUCCUGGAGCUACUGAAAAUGACGGACGACCUUUAAGACAGACAGACGGAUGCAGACGAAACCCUAACUCUCACCACAAGACGUUGCUGCUCUACAGUUCCGGAAAAGCCACUGACUGGCCAAAAUGGUGGAAAAGCCACUGAUUGGCCGAAAUGGUGGAAAAGCCACUGAUUGGCCGAAAUGGUGGACAAGCCACUGAUUGGCCAAAAUGGUGGACAAGCCACUGACUGGCCAAAAUGGGGAAAAGCCAUUUGAAUAAUUUAACUGUUUUAAGAGGUUCUGCUAAUUAUCCUCCUCCUUGUCUGCUGAUGUUUUAGAAAACAGAUUUUUAAUAUUAUGAAUACAGGCUGGAGGAGAUGAGGUUGGCAUUUUGUUUGCCACUUUAAAGUAAACCUUUGUGGUACUUCCUGUUUAUAAAAACCCUAACUGUAUAUUGUGUGCUUAAGCCAAACGCUACUGGUCCCUGAUCGUAUGUGUGUUUUGGUUCCAUAUUCGUUAUUUUAUUUUUACAAGAUGUAAGUAGUUAAAUUGAUCUUUAAAUUAGGAGCAUUAGCUUUCAACUAGCCUUCACACUUUUUUUCCUAAUCAAUCAUCCUAACCUAUUGUUCUGUGAUAUGAUUUGAGAUAUAAUCAAAUGUAUUAUCCUACUGUACAUGUGAAUAGUAAGCAGUUACUAUAUCAACUGGUUUGGCCAAUUUGUGAAAUUUUGACCAUUAAGCAGUAGCUAAAUUUGACAUAAAAUGUUGCGGGUUGAUUUUGUGUAAUAAUACGCUGCAAUACCUCAUAGAACAUUUUACAUAAUGGAUAUUUUUUAUCAGUAGCAGUGGAAUGACAGUUCCCCAAAUCCUUCCUCUGCAUUCACUUUAAUGCAGUAUUCUGUCUCUCCUUCCCUAUUCCAUGCCUUAUAAUUCUGUCACUGUUUAAAUGAAACCGUUAACUUUGGGACCAAGCAUUCAGUACUAAAUGAUCCUCAGAAACUUCACAAAGUAGAUGUUUUUCAUCAGAAAAGCCGACUCACUGACAUGGACUAGCCUAGCAGGUGCGAUACAAAGUGUCCUUUGUGAGUCAUGCGAUUCCAAACCUUUACAUGAAGGGACUUUUUCAGAGAUCUAAAAAUAGUUAAUUCUAGCAUUUCUGUUUUCAUUCUCAUCAAAGAGGGUGUCCAUUUAUGCCUGACUUCCUACCUGUAAUAAUCAGUAUGUGUUUUAUGAUUGUAAUUUAAUAUGUUUUGGAUGUACUGUAUUGAGUACUCUAGUCGAAAGGAGAUUUGAUUCUCCUACCGUUAACUCUUGGUUAAAUUUCAUGACAUUUCAUGAUGGCAUUUUGGUUUCAAGUGAAACUGCAUAGCUGGCCUGUGAACCGCUGUGUGCUGCAUACCCUUCUGCCUUCCUGCCCUCUUCAGAGGGUCCCGUGACCAUCCUUCUCAUCCAAACGAUACACCCAGGCUGCGUCUAAAAUGGCACCCUAUUCCCUAUAGUACGAUACUUUGGAACAGAUCACGCUGUUCCCUAUAUAGUGCUCUACUUUUGACGAGGACCCAUGAUUUUGGCCAAAAGUAGUGCACUAUAUAGGGAAUAUGGUGCCAUCUUGGACUCAUACCCAGACUCACUUAGCUAACAUCAUACAUCUUUGUUUUUAAUUCCAAUGCAACCUGUGGGAGUUUUCAGCUGUACGUUAGGACAGAUGUUCAAAUGUGCUUUAUGCUUCAUUACUGUAUAGAACAUGGCGAAUAAUAAUAUAUGUAACUCAGAACCUGAUUGAACUGGAUUACUGACCUGGGCCAUGCUAUAUAUUCAGCCGUGCUUCAUUGUCGUCAUUAAAACUGUUCUCUAAACUG